CAUAAAUUUAACGUCUAUAGUCACUACUUCCCUCACAAAAAGAUUUUUCUCCACGCCAGCAAUCAACGAUGGAAUUCGAUGAUGUUCUCAAAAACGUUAACGAGUUCGGGAGGAUUCAGUUAAUGAUGACAAUAUUUUUUGGACUCACCACAGCAUCGACGGCCCUACAGAUGAUCGUGACAGUAUUUAUGCAACAAUCACCAGCACACAGAUGUGCCAUUCCAGGCCUGGCGAAUGACACUUUCGAAAUCCAAGAUGCCUGGCACCAAUAUCUUAUCAACCAAACCAUUCCUGUAGACGAGAAUGGGGAGUAUGAGGGAUGUCUGUGGCGUAGUGGAAACGAUUCAAGAAACAGUAGUGUCUUGUCGUGUAAUGAAUGGGUUUAUGACACAUCUGUAUUCCCGAGAACGUUUCCUACGGAGUUUGAUCUACUUUGUGACAGUUCCUUUCUUAUUAACAUGGCGAACGUGGUUUAUCUAGUAGGAGUGGCUGUGGGGGCAACUGGCGGGGGCCUUGCAGCAGAUUACAUUGGCCGUAAGUUAGUUUCUUUCAUCGCCUGCUUGAUCCAUGGGGUUGCAGGGAUAGGGGCUGCAUUUUCACCUAACUACGGAGCUUAUGUCGCAUUCCGGUGCUUUGUUGGCACCUGCCACGGCGUCUUGAACAAUACUGUCAUUGUUCUUUGUAAGUAA